GAAGAGCGCAUGGGAACGUGAUGAGCCGGGGGUUUAUGAGCUAGGGUUUUAGCAACCGGUGGAACCGAGCAGAAUCCCCGACAGAGAUCCAACAACCAUCCGGCGUGAGGUAAACCCUGCUGUUUGAGUGGUCAUGGUGGCAGAAUGAGAUGCUAUCGUCGUUAUGCCCCUCAACCUGCUGCCAAAGGCAAGGCCUAGAAGCAGAACACGUUUCUUCUCCACUGCAACCCCUCCCUCACUCCCCUCCCGAGACUUGGCUUUCUCUUCAUUUGCUUCUUUGUUGAAGGAAUGCAAGUCUUUACGAGCUGCCCGACAAAUUCACCAGCAGAUCCUCACCCAUGGUCUUCUUUCCUCUCCUGUUUCCUCCUCCUCUGCCUCAUCAUCAUCAACAACAACAUUAGGAACUGGCAUUGUAGCCUCGUACCUUGCUGCCGGUGCUUCCACAGAUGCCCUCUCCAUGUUGGAGCGUUUAUGUCCCUCACCUGUCUUCUGGUGGAAUACACUUAUCAGACUAGAUGUCAACAAAGGCCACCUUGACCGUGCCCUCUUCCUUUGCCGUUGCAUGCAACGUGUUGGAACCAGGCCUGACCAUUACACCUUCCCUUUUGUCCUCAAGGCAUGUGGCAAGCUACCUUCCUACUGGCGGGGAACUGUGGUGCAUGCCGUUGUAUGCAGAAAUGGCUUUGAGUCAAAUGUUUUUGUCUGCAAUGCCUUAGUGGCUAUGUAUGCGAGCUGUGGUGCUCCAGAUGAAGCUGGCCGCAUGUUUGAUGAAAUUGUUUAUAAGGGGAUAGAUGAUGUGAUCUCAUGGAAUUCAGUGGUAGCAGCUCAUGUGAAGAGUGGCAACCCUCAGCUUGCCUUGGAGCUGUUUGCCCAGAUGGCGAAGGAAGGAAACAACAAGGCUACGCAGCAGAGGUCAGACAUCAUAAGCCUUGUCAACAUCCUUCCUGCUUGUGCCUCUCUCAGGGCAUUGGCCCAGGCCAAAGAAAUUCAUGGUUAUGCCUUAAGAAGUGGUCUCUUCUGGGAUAUCUUCGUGGGCAAUGCCAUCAUUGAUGUGUAUGCAAAGUGUGGGAUGAUGGAGGAUGCCUGUAGGGUUUUUAAUGGGAUGGAGGUCAAAGAUGUGGUAUCUUGGAAUGUGAUGGUCACUGGGUAUUCACAAAAUGGCAACUUUUGUAAUGCCCUUGAGCUUUUCGAAAAGAUGCACGAAGAGAAUAUACCAUUGAAUGUUGUUGCAUGGAGUGCUGUAAUUGCAGGAUAUGCUCAGAGGGGACAUGGCCAAGAGGCCCUUGGAGUCUUCCGUCAAAUGCAAUUAUUGGGAUCAGAGCCUAAUGCAGUCACCAUUAUCUCCCUCCUGUCUGCUUGUGCUUCUGUGGGAGCUUUAUCUCAGGGGAUGGAGACACAUGCAUAUGCUCUUAGAAAAUGCCUUAUGACGUGGGAUGAUGAUGAUGGUGAAGGCGAGGAUCUCAUGGUACAGAAUGCACUAAUAGAUAUGUAUUCAAAAUGCAGGAGUUUUAAUGCAGCCCGCUCAAUAUUUGAUAGCAUACCUCUGAGAGAGAGGAAUGUUGUGACUUGGACUGUCAUGAUUGGUGGUUAUGCACAGCAUGGAGAUUCCAAUGCUGCAUUGGAACUCUUCUCCCAGAUGAUACUAAAAGCCAGCUCUGUUGCACCUAAUGCUUUUACAAUAUCUUGUGUUCUGAUGGCGUGUGCUCGUUUGGCUGCACUGCGUUUUGGUAAACAGAUCCAUGCAUAUGUGAUCCGCAAUCGCUAUGAGCCAGCAAUGCUGUUUGUCGCCAACUGCCUUAUUGACAUGUACUCGAAAUGCGGUGAGAUACAUGCAGCCCAAAGAGUCUUCAAUCGGAUGCCACAAAAGAAUGCUGUUUCUUGGACAUCCUUAAUGACUGGAUAUGGAAUGCAUGGCCAUGGUGAUGAUGCCCUCCGUGUCUUUGAGGAGAUGCAAAAAGUGGGGUUCGUGCCUGAUGGGAUUACAUUUCUUGUGGUGCUUUAUGCUUGCAGUCAUUCUGGCAUGGUUGAUCAGGGGCUGAAGUACUUUCACAGCAUGGGUGGGGACUAUGGGGUGGUUGCAGCUGCAGAACAUUAUGCUUGUGUUGUUGACCUGUUGGGCCGUGCAGGCCAUUUAAAUGAAGCCUGGGAAACAAUUAAGAGCAUGCCAAUGAAAGCAACUGCAGUUGUUUGGGUGGCCUUGCUCAGUGCAUGUAGAAUCCAUGCAAAUGUGGAGCUUGCUGAAUAUGCUACAGCACGAUUGUUAGAGUUGGAGUCUGACAAUGAUGGAUCAUAUACAUUACUCUCCAACAUUUAUGCAAAUGCUGGGCGUUGGGGAGAUGUGGCCAGGAUCAGGCACCUGAUGAAGAAGUCAGGGAUCAAAAAGAGACCAGGCUGCAGCUGGGUUCAGGGGAAGAAGGGCACUGCCACAUUUUUUGUUGGGGAUCGGUCUCAUCCACAAUCUCAACAGAUAUAUGCUGUUCUAGGGACCUUGAUGGAACGCAUCAGAGCCAUUGGAUAUGUACCUCAAACUCAUUUUGCCUUACAUGAUGUUGAUGAUGAGGAAAAAAGUUACCUUCUUUCAGAGCACAGCGAAAAACUUGCUCUUGCUUAUGGCAUCCUAACCUCCUCUCCUGGGACUCCCAUUCGGAUCACAAAGAACAUACGUGUGUGUGGUGACUGCCACAGUGCCUUCACAUUCAUCUCUAUGAUUGUCGAGCAUGAAAUCAUAGUGAGGGAUUCCAGCCGCUUCCAUCACUUUAAGAAGGGUUCUUGCUCUUGUGGUAGCUAUUGGUGAUAACUCACGUUGAAGAUUUUUGUUGAAUGAAAAUUUUGACAUGGAAUAUGAGUAAAGCAUUUAUUUGUAAUCA